GAAUAAACUCAUGUGUUAUAAUACGAAAUCCGUGGUCGAUUUUCAUAAUCUAGUUUCAUUAAUAUAAUUUUUUUUUAUAAUUUUCAGUUUGCCCAAACAAGUGAGCACAGUACGAUAUGAUGUUAACAAAAUCAUUGAGUUACGCUAGCAUUUCACCGGUUUGCUUUAUCAAUCUAGUCUCAUUAAAUACAUGAACGCUGUUGCUGUAGUACCUUUAGAAAGAAAAACGAUAAGAUUCAAUCGAAUAUCACAAAAGGUUAAUUGUGAAACAUUUUACGCACUACUACCAUAGCUCACUACGUAUAGAGACCGUCUUUAGCCUGUAUUGAUGCAAUAACAUUUAUGCUGGUGUCUUAAGCAAAAAUCGUCUGUGUUUUUAUUUUUAUUUUUUUAACUUUUAUAAUUUAUUCUAUUCGACCGUCCAUAGUUAAUUGUUAUUACAUUCAAAUAGUCUGGUGAUAAAAUAGUUAUAUGUGUACUUUUUAUUUAUAUCUCAGUAACAAAUACUGAAAACAAGAUCGAUUAACUUCAAAGAUUCAAAAACAAAUAUUUUUUCUUGAGACAUUGUUAUUUUGUUUUCUUUAUUGAGUGAAAAAAGUGUACACAAAAUUUGGGAUACAGCCGGAUGUCAGUAUAAUAUUGCAUGUGCGUCUGUUACAAGCGGAUGCACGCUUGCAAAAAUUUCAUGUGUCGAUACCUACCUCAAAAACUUAGUGGUAUUCUUAUACACUCCAUUUACAGAUCAUAACAAACAACAAUGGCAGUGGAUCACAGAGACAUGGAACAAAAUAAUAACAAUUAUCAAUAUGGUAUGAAAUCGACUUUUGCACAAUGUUAUGCAAUAGUGGGUGCUUGCUUUGUGCAAAUUGGAAUUGGAUGUCAGAUAAUGUUACCCACUAUUAUUAUUGGUUCAUUGGAAAAAAACGAAUUCGCAAAUGGAACAAAUGAAUCAAAUAGAGACGAGUUUCUCAUAAUGUCGACUAAACAAGCUUCGUGGUUUGGUAGUCUCCUGUACUUAUGCACUCCUCUGGGAAGUUUGGUCUCGUCAAUUUUACUUCGACGUAUUGGACACAAAAGGUGUUUGAUACUGUCUAACGUACCGUAUCUAGCUUCCAUUGUCCUGCUCUAUCACGCCAAUGACAUAGAGACCUUAUACUUAUGUUCAGUAAUUACCGGACUGACUAUGGGGUUCGUGGGUGGACCUAGUUCGUCGUAUCUAAGCGAGGUGUGUGAGCCUAAGCUCAGAGGUGCCUUGACUUCAGCCACGAACGUAUUCUACUUUGCUGGUGUUCUAAUGGUAACCGUGAUCUAUGCAAUGACGCUGCAAUGGAGAUAUACCGUAUUAGUUACGACCAUAGUGCCCGUCUUAAAUAUAAUAGUUUUACUGGUGACACCGGAUUCACCAAUUUGGCUAAUAACCAGAGGCAAAACCAAUAAAGCUCAGCAAACUCUAGGCAAACUCAGAGGAUGGGUGUCACACGAAAAGUGUGUUCACGAAUUUCACGAAAUGGUGAUUUAUACUACUAAAGAAACUGUGGAUGGAAACGACCAAGACAGCAUCAAUAAUGUUUGGCAGCAACUCGUACAACCCGAAGUGAUCAAACCGUUCCGGCUGCUGGUGAUCUAUUUUUUCUUUUCAAAUCUACUUUCUGGUGUACCAUACUCACCAUACUUAACAGCAGUAUUUAUCAACUUCGGGGCUCCAGUGGACGUCAAUUGGACAAUUGCUUUCUCUGUAAUUUUGGGAGCAUUUGGAGGAAUAAUGACCAUUUUCUCGGUAAGAAUACUCGGUAAGAGGUUUCUCACCCUAUCCACGCUAAUGAUAUGUUCAGUUUGCUAUAUAUCUAUUGGACUCAUCGGGCUUCAUUGUGAGUCGUUAAAUCCGGUGAAAUCAUGGACCAUAUUAGUACUAUUCCUUAUUGCUACACUAGCGGCUUCCUUCGGUAUCAUGCCUAUCGGAUGGGUAUUACUCGGAGAAGUUUUUCCAAUUAAGACAAAAAAUAUAACCUGCAGCGUUUGUUCAGUGUUAUCCUUCAUCAUUACCUUUUUUUUCACAAAGUUUUAUCUAGAUUUCGAAAAUCUAGUGGGAUUUUACAACACUUUUACUUUAUUUGGAGUUGGAGGACUUAUAGGUUUUGUUUAUUUUUAUUUUUUCUUACCCGAAACUGAAAAUAAAACGUUAAAGGAAAUCGAAGAAUUUUUUAAAUAAAAACAGUCUAAAAGGCUUUUACGUCUUUGAAUCAAUAUGAUGUUCCUUACCCAAUAUUUGUAUUUAAAAAAAUUGAUAAAUGUAGCUAAGAUAUUCAUUACUACUAAUUAAAUAUUAGUAACUAGUCUAUUAUAGUGAUACAUAACUAUUUUACAAAGUAAAUAUAACUUAUUUUGAUUAUACCUAUGAAGGUGUGGUACCAUUUUUUAUAACUUUUUAUUUUUAUUGUGUAUAAAACAUUUUGAUGACUGGC